AUGGCUGAGUGGCAUAUUUAUGCAUCUGGUCCAAACAAAGUGCUCGGUUCCAAGAAGUACUGGAGCGACAAUGGCACUUCUGGAGGCCGAAGCAAUGUCAAAACAGCAAUUAAACACGCAACAGAUUACACAAAGAAAUCUGAUUUGCUGACAUACCUCGGUGCGUGGAUGCCGCAAGAUAACGCAAAUGGUUCGAUAACGGAAUCAGAAGCCAUCAACUUCGCACGGUUCUUUGUUGCCGAGCUGGGCAAAGUCAACAUACCAUGGUCUUUGAACGCCCUGGAUAACUACUAUAACACUAAAAACAAGACAUGGUUGACAGGGGACCAGGAGAUCCAAAAGAGAAAAUUGAAUAUGUCCAUGAUUUUGGACAAUAUUCGUGAACUAAUGCCACAAAUUCUGAGAACAUACUGUAGACGAAUCUAGAUUAGCAAUCGUCUGCACAUCAAACGCAACUCAGAUAAUUUCAGUCACUACAACACGACUGUAACUAGAAUAAGGUCAAAUACAUUGAAAACCAAAUUCAGAGGAAACUAAUACUGCAUCCUUCUGUUCUGUGGUCUCGAGUUUGGUUAGAUCCUGUAUGGCAAUCCUCGUCAAUUACAAAAUCGGCAUCAUCGAUCAUUUGGGUUGAGAAACCAUGACAGAGCAUAGACCUGCUCUGACUGUGGGGUGCUGAGCCGGAUGGAUAAAGUACCCAUUCGUUAUGAGAUUUUCGUUAUUUUUGCUUAGAUUCCUUUCGCAUUAAAAUGCAUAUGAAUAAGAAAGGGAUCAGUUUUCAUCCUAUGCUUCACUUGAGAUGGUCGAUUUUAGCUCCACUACUUAGUAUGCAAAAUAAACGGAAAAACCAUUACGUUUAUUUGGCAGUUUGGGCCGAGCCCCCGGCACCUUAUUACAUAUGAUUACACUACCGUACCAUACAGAGCCGGGAACUUUGACAACGUUGUAGCAUGUUACAACUUUAGAUCUUACGGUUCUAUGCGAGUGAAAAGAGUAACACUGUAAAAGAAAGAGUAGUACUAAGCGACAGAAAUAGUUAUUACCUCAACGAAGGCAAGAAAAAAACCUGCCGGAAAAAUCCUCUAGGAACCAUGGCUCACGCUCUGAAUAACCCAUUCCACGAAGGCCACACUGCUAAAACAGAAAUGAAAGAAUUUACUACUACGUACACUAUGGUCUAGAGUGGUCUCUCACGAGACAAACCUGUCUUACCUAACUCUCAUCAUAUCCCAUGAUGCACUGACCAGGCACGGUCCUUACUGCUCUCGUGCCGCAGAAAUAUUUAAUUUCCGGCCGAUUCAAAUUCAACGCCGGAAAUGACCAUAUCGUCGUACGUGAAUUCUAUUUCCCAAUAGAGUAAAUAGAUCCCUUUUUGUAGGGUGGUGACACUUCCAAGUGUUCUAAGCCACAGUCGGACAGAAGCUUUUGAAGUUUAGGUUCAAUUUCGUGUCCUGUUAAAUUUUUCCGACAAAGGAACGGCUCAAUUAAGGCUAGGUAGUCCCGAGGUAGAUCCUAGCAUAUUGACUGGUCAGUAUUUUGUCAUACGGACCGUCUCCACGGAAACGGUAAUAAGCCGUGUAUUUUUGUUUUCGAAAACCAGCAAAUUUAGUAAACAACUUUGGUCCGAAUGCUAGCUCUAGCCGUUCUGGGGGAAUAUUGGCCCUCGGUCGUUUUUGUACGGGUUAAAAUUCUCCAGCGCGCGCUCGGUUAGUCAGGAGUAAUAUUCUGCAUUCAUUUGUCUAACUUUGGUAGCUUGCCAAUUCUACCGACAAGCUCUCAAAGGAUAAUUUGA